GGAUGAGCGUCCUGAGGGGAGGAGUCUAGAACCUGCGCAAGAGCGGCGCGGUGCUUCGGCUCUGUGGAGCACGCCAGGACUAGGUGCUGAGGAUAAUUCAAAGAUGAAGACGACAACUUCUUAUCUUCCAGGAGUUCAGACUUGAGCAAUAGAGGAAAAUAUGGAGUCCUAAUUUGGUGCUUUUUUUCAUUAUACCACAUCACCUCUCUUGGACCUUUUAAGGCUUGAUGUGGGAUCUCAGUUUCCUGACCAAGGAUUGAACAGGGGCCACAGCGGUAAAAGUGCCAAGUCCUAAGCACUAGACUACCUGCGAACUCCUCCCAGACUUCUGAUUUACAAAACUGUCAUUAUCCAACUUUUAGAGGUGAUGGAUCAUCUGCAUAGAGGGGAAUCAGUUGCUGCAAUACUCCGUAACCGUCAGAUCUCCUGGUGUUCCUAUUUGUCUCACCCCACCUCAGCUCUGAAGAUGAAUACAUUGUUCCCGUUCGGUUUACUGUUACUAAGCCUGAGGAGACGGAGGCAAUUAUCUUUAAAACAAGCCGAUUUCAAGGAUAUGUUCAAAAAAUCAACUUCAGGAUCUCUAGUGGAAGAGGAAGACCAACACAUGAAAUUGUCCCUUGGAAGCAGCGAAAUGGGCCUCUCUUCCCAUUUGCAGUCUUCCAAGGCGGGAACCACACGCAUCUUUACCAGCAAUACGCACAGUUCUGUGGUGUUACAGGGGUUUGACCAGCUCCGACUUGAAGGAUUGCUCUGUGAUGUGACCCUGAUGCCAGGGGACACAGAUGACGCCUUCCCUGUGCACAGAGUCAUGAUGGCCUCUGCUAGUGAUUACUUCAAGGCCAUGUUCACAGGUGGAAUGAAAGAACAAGAUUUAAUGUGCAUUAAGCUUCAUGGCGUGAGCAAAGUCGGUUUAAGGAAAAUUAUUGAUUUCAUUUACACUGCAAAGCUUUCUCUUAAUAUGGACAACCUUCAAGACACACUGGAAGCUGCCAGUUUUCUACAGAUUCUGCCAGUUUUGGACUUCUGCAAAGUAUUUCUCAUAUCUGGGGUCACUUUGGACAAUUGUGUCGAAGUUGGGCGGAUUGCCAACACCUACAAUCUGACAGAAGUGGAUAAAUACGUGAACAGUUUCGUCUUGAAGAAUUUUCCUGCAUUACUGAGCACCGGAGAGUUCUUGAAACUCCCUUUCGAACGGCUUGCCUUCGUGCUUUCCAGUAAUAGCCUUAAGCACUGCACAGAACUUGAGCUCUUUAAGGCUACCUGUCGCUGGCUCCGCCUGGAAGAGCCUCGGAUGGACUUUGCUGCAAAAUUAAUGAAGAACAUACGAUUUCCACUGAUGACACCGCAGGAGCUCAUUAAUUACGUGCAAACCGUGGAUUUCAUGAGAACUGACAAUACUUGUGUGAAUCUCCUUUUGGAAGCCAGCAAUUACCAAAUGAUGCCAUACAUGCAGCCAGUUAUGCAGUCAGACAGGACUGCCAUUCGGUCUGACACCACUCACUUGGUUACACUAGGAGGGGUGCUGAGGCAGCAGCUGGUUGUCAGCAAGGAGUUGCGCAUGUAUGAUGAAAAGGCCCAUGAGUGGAAGUCCUUAGCCCCCAUGGAUGCCCCAAGGUACCAGCAUGGCAUCGCCGUUAUUGGAAAUUUCCUCUAUGUCGUUGGUGGACAGAGUAAUUACGACACAAAAGGAAAAACGGCCGUUGAUACAGUCUUCAGAUUUGAUCCUCGAUACAAUAAGUGGAUGCAAGUUGCAUCUUUAAAUGAAAAGCGCACCUUCUUCCACCUAAGUGCCCUCAAAGGAUAUCUGUAUGCAGUCGGUGGGCGAAAUGCAGCUGGUGAACUGCCUACUGUAGAAUGUUACAAUCCAAGAACAAAUGAAUGGACCUAUGUUGCCAAAAUGAGUGAGCCCCACUAUGGCCAUGCUGGAACUGUGUAUGGAGGCGUAAUGUAUAUUUCAGGAGGAAUUACUCACGACACUUUCCAAAAAGAGCUCAUGUGCUUUGAUCCUGAUACUGACAAAUGGAUCCAGAAGGCGCCGAUGACCACCGUCAGAGGUCUGCAUUGCAUGUGUACAGUGGGAGAAAGGCUCUAUGUCAUCGGCGGCAAUCACUUCAGAGGAACAAGUGAUUAUGACGACGUCCUAAGCUGUGAAUACUACUCACCUAUCCUUGACCAGUGGACCCCGAUUGCUGCCAUGUUAAGAGGGCAGAGUGAUGUUGGGGUUGCUGUCUUUGAAAAUAAAAUCUACGUGGUCGGUGGGUAUUCGUGGAAUAAUCGCUGUAUGGUAGAGAUAGUGCAGAAAUAUGAUCCAGAUAAAGAUGAAUGGCAUAAGGUUUUUGAUCUCCCAGAGUCCCUGGGUGGCAUCCGAGCUUGCACACUCACCGUGUUCCCACCUGAAGAAACCACGCCAUCACCUUCUAGAGAGUCCCCUCUUUCUGCACCUUAAGCUCAUCCCUACACCUAAGAUGCUGUAGUUCUAUCUUUGCAAUGUGUCAUGAAUUCUCUUCUUUUGCCCUCUCCCCACGUAGUGUAUGUUAGGAUUAGCCUCCAGUAAUUGAUACCAAUAUCGGAAAAAAAAAAAAAAAAAAAAAAAAAAAA